AUGCGGCUUAUUCCAGAUGUCUCUCUUCUGGUUUUCAAGUGCAUUGCCUUUGUCCAUGGUCAUGGUCCUAACAAAACUAAGUUUAUCCCUCGUGCUCAAAAUGUGUCUUCGUUGGGUAUCCCCUUCACCAGCGAGGGGGAGAGUACUAGUGAAGAGACUAACUGGUCUACAUCCUCAGUCCCUAUUAACCUUCCCGAACUCCUUCCUGAACCCAUCCUAAGUGCCUAUGACACUAUUCUACCCAGUAGACAAGUCUCUUGGAUAAACUACUACAGAAAGAAUCUCAUAAAGGAAAUGGUGUCCCCUACUACUCCGUCAUCUCUGGUCCAUGAAUUUGAACCAAUGCAAGCUCAAGGUACUACUAGACCUAAUAAUAAUACUAACUUGUGUGGUAAGGAUGAUAUUGUUGAUUUGGCUGAGAAUGACAGGAAUGAUAUGUUAGUUCUAGAGAACAACAGGGUUGCAGGUAGUGAUGAAACUUUGAUAGAAACACGAGAGGUUGAGAUUCUUCCUCAGGAUGGAAAAUGUAAUCAAAAUUCCAUUACAUAUAAGGAAUCAGACAAACCAGAGGAUUAUGCUCUUUCUCUUGACAUACCCAUUGCAUUGAAAAAGGGAACCAGAUCCUGCACCAAGCACCCCAAGUAUAGUUAUAAGUCUUACAGUAAUUUGUCUUCUAAGUUCAGGGCAUUCGCUACCAGUCUUAAUACAGUAAUAAUACCAAAAAACAUACACAUAGCCAUUGAAAUUUCUAAGUGGAAGAUUUCUAAGUUCAGAGCUCUUGAAAAUACCAAAAAACAUACACAUAGCCAUGUUCUAAGUGAAAUUUCUAAGUUCAGAGCUCUUGAAAAGAAUAAUAUAUGGAACCUUAUUAAUCUUUCUAAAGGGCAUAAAACAGUUGGGUGCAAGUGGGUGUUCACUCUGAAGUAUAAAUUAGAUGAAACUCUAAACAAGUACAAGGCCAGACUUGUAGCAAAAUGGUUUACUCAAACUUAUGGGAUAAAUUAUUCUUAG